CUCUGCUGGAAUUAACUCUCCUGGAAAUUUUUCAUGUGACCUUCAGAGCUCCAGAGUCUGUUUUAUCCGAGUACAAUUAAUACCAAUUAAUUACCUUUAAUAUACUAUUUUAAUAUCUUUUCACGCGUUCUCGUCUGCAUAUGCAUGAUAUACAUAAGUGUUGUAACACGUCAAAUUUUCAUAUUUCUUCAUAUAAAAUUACAUUUAUAAAAACAAAAAUCUGUUGAACGCCAUUUUCAUUCGAUUUUUGUGAAAAUUCUUAUUGUGAAAUUCAGAAAUAUAUCUAAUUUCACUGUUUAAUGUUGAAAUAUUUUUAUUACUAAGGCUAUGCCAAUUUAAUAUCUGAAAAUUCAAUUUUUUAACCAAUGAUCCUAGGCACCUGAUCCCACCUCUGGUGUGUCCAGGGGUCCGUGUUUGCCCAACUAUCUAUUUUGUAUUGCUUAUGGGAGUUAUGAGAUUGAUCACUGUUCGUUAUCUUAGCCUUGCAUGUAUAUCUGGAUCAAAGAAAGCAAAAAGAAUAGCCAUGUUAAUAAAGUAUCAAUCAUAGAAAAGAUAAAGUGGACAAACCGAUCAUGCUAUUACAUUCAUUUGAUUUAUGUUAUUUUCGAUGUGUACAAAUACUUUUUCUUCAUUUUGCCUAGGGAUUAACCAUGUAACUUGCGGAAAGGGACUAUGUUUUUUGUUUUAAUUUUGUUGCUGACGAAAAAAAAAAAUGCAGAAAAAAUAGAAAAAAAAAUAUCUGUGUAACAAUCACCAUAUGCUUUAAAUUUCCCGCGGUUGGGAAUCGUUCCCAUGAUUCAUUGCAAAUCAGUUCAGCCAGUCUGAACCUUGGCAGCUGGGUCAUUACCGGACGAGCAUUCUAGCAGAGUAGAGGUGGCCAGGAGACUAGUCCCACAUAUAACUAGUCUGAAAUAUACAUUGGCAGUUACUAUGUUUUAAAACACUUGACAAUGGCACGGAGAAAGGUCUGUGGUGAGUACAGUUGUAUUUUGUGAUUCUGUAGUAUAAUUUCUUUUUCAAGUUAAAUUCAUUGUUGAACGCAAUUCGUUCCAAUUCAUGCACUUGGCCAACUCUCGCUGUAGCAGCCAAUUUCUACAUUUAAAUUUUUGCGCCAAUUUGUACACGUUAUCCGCGUGAUACGUCAUAGUUUUUAGGGCACAUAUAUUUUUUGUGUAUGCACGAGCUCGCUGCGAAGAAUGUGAGUAUUAUGUUCCUGUUUCACUGGACAUUGUACUGAACUGCCGUUUCUUAGAGAAACUACUUAUUCGUAUAUCGUAUGAAGUUGAGGAAGUCACAUGAUGCCAAUCAUUGACUUAAGAAUAAAUUUUCCAGGCAUACGCAUAGACGAUUUGUUUCUAUUUAUUAUGGACGGUGGCCAAUACAUCAUAGACGAAUAAGUAUACAGGAACAAUCAUGAGUGAUGGUGAAGAACACCCAGUUAUAGAACGACAACGAAAGAGAGUUAUGACAGAAAAGGGAUUGGCAUAUCAUCUCGAACAUCGAUGCAAGUUCAGGCAGAGAGCUGAUAAGGAGCUUUCCAACUUAAGUAAGAAUAUAGAUCAGUUGCUGUUACACAAUCCUGAAAAAAAUGUUGUGAGAAGUGAAUAUACAAAGUGGUUGCAAGUUUAUGAAGAACUUCUUCUUUCACAUGAGGAAUAUCAGAAACUUUUGUCCCCAUCAACUGAAAAAAUCAGUGACAAUGAAGAAUUUCAACAAAAGAAUAAAAAAACACAUCGCAGUGAAGGAAUCUGUGGAAGAGUGGAUUUUAAAGCACACAACACCUGUUGACAAGAGAUCCAUACGUUCAAAAACAACUUCAAGGACCUCCUCAAGUCAUGUCUCCAGAGAAAAGCUAAAGGAGCAUCAACGCAAAGCUGAACUGGUAGCCAGAGCAGCAGCAUUAUCAUUAAAAAAGGAAAUUGAACAAGCAAAACUCCAUUUGAAGCUAAAGGAGGAAGAACUUGAAAUUAAAACAGAAAUUAGAUAAGUGACGCUAAAGCUAAAAUUUUAGAAGAACUGGAACAAAGUGAAAUAAAUGACCAAGAAUUAGAUGAACCUCUCCUAAACAAGGAUGAACAUUUUCACAGUGAGAUAUCUGAAAGAAAGGAAAUUGUGACACUUAACCCGUACGCUCCUUCGUGGGAAGACCAAAGGAACUAUUUUCAGUCAUGUGCAACAUCCAAUGUUGACACUCGUCAAAUGCCACAAAGUACACCAUAUGUACCCCAACUUACCAGUGCUUUUCAUAGAAGAUCUCAGGAUCAGUCAUACAGAACAAGGAAUAUGGCAGGAGAUAAUUAUAGUGCAUAUAUUCCUACUCCACCUCGCAUGGAUGAAAAUACUAUAUACAGCAUUUCUCCAAAUCAGCAACCGUGUUCCACACUUCCACUACCAGUUCCAAACUAUGGUAAUCAUGAGAUUCUUACAGUAGCACGUGAACUGAACAAACCAAAGGCAGAAAUACAAAAAUUUGAUGGAAAUCCUAUGGAAUAUCACAGGUUUCUACGACAAUUCAACACAAGAAUUUGUGCAAAUACUGAUUCUUACGAGGAGCGACUGAACGUUUUGUUACAAUUCACCAUAGGCGAAGCACACAAAAUCGCGUUAGGAUUUUCUCACAUGAAUGCAGAAAAUGGCUACAAUGCAGCACUAGAGGAAUACAAGGACAGAUAUGGAGACCCUGAUAUUAUAGCCCAAGCUUAUGUGAAAAAGGCAUUGGAUUAGCCUAUUAUAAAACCAGACGGUGCAAAGGCAUUAGACACGUACGGAAUUUUCCUCAAAGAGUGUCAGUUCGCAAUCCAAAAUGUGGAAGCUGUCAGAAUAUUAGAAUAUUCAGAAAACUUGAAACAGUUAGUGAAAAAGUUGCCUUAUUACUUACAUGAAAAAUGGAGAAAUAUAGUGUACGAACUGAAUCAAAGAAAAGAAAUCGUAAAGUUCCAUCAUCUUGUCAACUUUGUUCACAAAGAAGCAAAGAAAGCCACAGACCCAAUUUACGGAAGAGAAGUCAUGAGCACUUCAAAGGCAGUCGUUAAAAAUUCACAGGAUAACCAAACUGGGAAAAUAACAAAGUUUUCUACUACACACAAAAACUUUGCAAUUACAACAAAGAAACCAUCUAAGGAUUCAGAAGUAUGCGAUAUCGAAAACACUACACAAAACAUGUCAAGGACAGGAAUCGCAUUUACAAAGCCGUGUACAUUUUGUCAAGAAACUCAUACCAUGGAUAUGUGUAAAAAAAAAUACAUAACCUUGUCCCUGAAGGACAGAUAUACAUUCUUGAAGUCAAAAGGACUGUGUUUCGGUUGCUUGAGAUCUGGUCACUUAAAGAGUAAUUGUCAACGGAAGUUGUCUUGUGUACAUUGUAAGAAACUUCACCCUAGCGUUCUUCAUGUUGACCCUCAGAAGAAAAAUGAAGGUUACGGAAUACCAAGUCAUUUGAACAGUGGCAAUGGAGCAACAGCAUUGUCAGUGGCUGCUCAUAUGGAGGCUGGAGACUCCGUAAAGCAAGCACUCCCCAUUGUACCUGUUAGACUAAAAUCUAAAUGUAGUGAUAAAUAUCUGACAACUUACGCUUUCCUAGAUUCUGGUAGCAAUGCUACAUUUUGUUUAGAGUCACUUACCGACUUGUUGAACGUGGAAGGAAAGAGAACCAAAUUGAAUUUAGUUACUAUGGGACAGGAAAAAGUUCACGACAGUUACGUUAUUUGUGGUUUGGAAGUGAGCGACCUAAAUGGUGACAAUACCAUUGAGCUACCACCUGUUUUUACACAAUCUACAUUACCAGUGUCCAAGAAGGAUGUGAUUUCCCUGGAAGAUGUGAAAAGGUGGCCACACUUACAUGGUGUUGAAUUGAAUGUGAUCGAUUGUGACAUUGGACUUCUGAUCGGAGUAAAUGUGCCAAAAGCAUUGGAGCCUUGGGAAAUUAUUCCCAGUGCUAGUAAUGGACCCUUUGCAGUGAAAACGUUACUAGGUUGGGUUAUCAACGGACCACUUGAAGUGAUUACGAAUAAUGACAACUACAGUACAUCGGUGUCUGUCGAUCGCAUUGAUGUAAGGAAACUGGAAGAACAGAUCCGUGACCAAUUCAACUAUGAUUUCAGUGAGAGAACUAUUGAUGACGUUUAUGAACCAUCCAAAAAUGACAGAAAAUUCUUAGAACGUGUAUCUAAUUCAAUUCGUUAUGAGAAUGGUCACCAUACGAUUGGACUUCCUUUUAAGUAUGACAAUGUGAGCUUACCAAACAACAGGAAGCAAGCCGUCCAAAGAUUGUCGUUUAUUGCCAAACGAUUCAACCGUGACAAAAACUUUCACAAAGAGUAUUGUGAUUUCAUGGACAAGAUCAUAAGUGAAGGAUACGCCGUCAAGGUACCAGCUGAAGAACUCGGUCUAGAUGACGGAAGAGUGUGGUAUUUACCACACCAUGGAGUUUAUCACCCAAAGAAAAGGAAGUUGAGAGUGGUGUUCGAUUGUGCAGCUAGAUAUCAAGGCACUUCAUUAAAUGACCAACUUCUACCAGGACCAAAUCUGACUAAUACACUUGUUGGUACACUAUUGAGAUUCAGGCAAGAAGAGAUCGCAGUGAUGGGAGAUAUUGACAGCAUGUUCCAUCAAGUACAUUUACCUCGUCAAGAUGCCAGUUUUCACAGAUUUUUGUGGUGGAUGGAUGGAGAUACCAGUAAGCAAACCAAUGAGUAUCAGAUGGUCGUGCAUUUUUUUGGUGCAUCUUCAUCACCCAGUUGCGCCAACUAUGCUCUAAGGAAAACUGCCAAAGAUUCUGAAGGACUUUUCGAUACCGAGGUUAUCGAUACCGUGAUAAGGAACUUUUAUGUAGACGACUGUCUCAAGUCAGUUAAAACUGUUGACGAUGCUGUCAGUUUAGUAAAGGAUUUGCAAAAAUUGCUAAUGAAAGGAGGAUUUCACAUAGCAAAGUGGAUUAGCAACAAUAGAGACGUCAUGAUGUCCAUUCCAGUUUCAGAAAGAGCAAAAGAAGUGAAGGAUUUAGACUUAGAUCAUGAUACCCUUCCAAUGGAGAGAGCUCUAGGAGUACAGUGGUGCGUGGAAUCGGAUGCAUUUUGCUUCAAAAUUGAAGUAAAGGAACAACCGCUUACUAGGAAAGGAAUAUUAUCGAUGAUAAGCAGUGUAUUUGAUCCUUUGGGAUUUUUGGCACCAUUCGUAUUGAGGGCAAAGAAAAUACUCCAAAAUUUCUCCAAACUUCAACUUGGAUGGGAUGAUGAAAUUCCUGAGAACCUUGCAAUACAGUGGAACAAUUGGUUCAGUGAUUUGCAAAAAUUAUCUAAUUUCACGAUAGAAAGGUGUAUAAAACCCGUUGGAUUCGGAACGUUGUGUUCUGUUCAGUUACAUCAUUUCGCGGAUGCAAGUGAAAUUGGAUAUGGGACUGUUUCAUACCUGCGUUUAGAAAACACAAACAAAGAAAUCCAUUGCUCUUUUAUUAUGGGCAGGUCUCGUGUGACUCCAUUAAAGCAAACUACCAUUCCAAGGCUAGAACUGACAGCAGCAACAGUUGCUGUGCGCACAGACAAAAUGUUGAAAGCAGAAUUAGACAUUCCUAUAGACGAAAGUAUGUUCUGGACAGAUAGCACGACCGUGUUGCGUUAUAUAGGAAAUGAGACGUCUAGAUUUCAAACAUUCGUAGCAAAUAGACUCACUGUGAUUCAUGAGGGAUCAAGACCAUGUGAAUGGCACUACAUUAAUACCAAACUCAACCCAGCAGAUUAUGCAUCAAGAGGACUCUCUGCAGAUGAGAUCAUACAGCAUGACUACUGGAUCAAGGCUCCUUACUUUUUAUGGGCUCCAGCUGAACAAUGGCCAAAAACACCACCAGGAAUACUAGAAGGAACGACGGAUGUUGAUCCAGAAGUUAAGGCAUGUGUCAGAGCUGCAGUAGCCAAUAUACAAAAACCAAGUGAUGUCAUGGAGAGUGUUAACAAACUCCUCAAUUAUCAUUCGUCUUGGUACACCCUAAGGAAGAGUGUCGCAUGGAUUCUGAAGAUACGCAAAGAACUGUUACGUCGUAUCCAACAAAGGAUUUACAAGAGUGGUGAUGAUGAAUCAUCUGACGUCAAAGUCCCUUCUACACAUUACAACAUGGGACAUAUUUCAUUUCAAGACUUGACAGAAGCGGAAACUGCUAUUUUGUCUUAUGUUCAACAUCAAACAUUUGCUGAUGAACUACAUACACUUGCGGAUAAACAUUCAUAUGUGAAACGAAGCAGUUGUAUACGAAAACUUGACUCGGUUUUGGAUAAAAACGAUGGACUUUUGCAUGUCGGUGGACGACUCCACAGAGCCAGUAUGCCAGCAGAAAGUAAACAUCCGAUAAUACUGCCAAGUAAUCAUCAUGUUUCAUCUUUGAUUCUUAGACAGAUUCAUCACGACCUGAAACACAGUGGCAGAAAUCAUACGUUAGCAGCUCUAAGAGAGAGGUAUUGGCUUAUUCAUGCACCUUCAGCCAUUCGGAAGCUUAUAUCUAAGUGCACUGUAUGUCGUCAUCUAGGCUCAAAGGUAGGAGAACAGAAGAUGGCUAGUUUACCAGAAGAUCGUUUGAUUCCCAAUGAACCUCCAGUUACAAGAGUUGGUGUAGAUUACUUUGGACCAUUAGAAGUAAAGCAAAAGCGAAGUCAUGUCAAGCGCUAUGGAGUUAUAUUUACAUGUUUAGCUUGUCGUGCUGUGCACAUUGAAGUUGCAGCAUCAUUGACCACUGAUUCGUACAUUAAUGCAAUGCGUCGUUUUAUUGCACGCCGAGGUCAAGUCAUCAAAAUACGAUCAGAUAAUGGGACCAACUUUGUGCGAGCUGAGCGUGAGCUUGCAAGAGCUAUCAAUGACUGGAACCUAUCUCAGAUACAGGAUUCUAUGCUUCAAAGAAAUAUUGACUGGCAGUUUAAUCCACCCGCUGGAUCUCGUCAUGGUGGUGUGUGGGAACGAGUCAUCAGAUCUAUUAGAAAAGUGAUGAAUAGUGUCCUGAGAAGCAAGUUUUGGAUGACGAAGGGCUUCAUACUCUCAUGUGUGAGAUUGAAUCAAUUCUAA